UGGGCUGAACCUAGCCCAAGGUUUAACUCUCUCACACACAGCACAGUCCCCACACACCGAGCUAAAGGCGAGGGCAACAACGGCUACAUCAAACCUCCCAAGCAGUGCUCCUGUUACGAACCCUCAAGUGAAGUCGAAGACGAUUUUCAUGUUCGACAUAUGAGAACGUAGAUCGAUCCGGAAAAAAAUCUAAAGCUCCUUGGAAAGGACCGGGGUCUUUGGCGAGCAACUGACGGAAAAGAGGGGACUUUGGAGAGCAGCUCGAGACAAACGCGCAGCCGGGAGCAAAGCACCACGAGGGGGAAGAGCACAUCUAGCCACCCAGCGCCAGUUGGGGUGUAUUUUUUGUACUUUUUAUAAACGCUCAUUAUACAAACGAUUAGGUGCGUAUAGAGACAAGGAACUAUUUCAUACUUCAUAACUCCGACAAGGCGCGCCGAUUCUGAGAAGACGCAAAACAAACUUUGAGUGGCAAUUCGAACGAGUAUGUUCCUUGCUUGUCCGCUGGCAAUCAAACCGAACUUUUAUAAUUCCCCUUUACAACGGAAUUGCAUCAUCAAGGCGCACUGGGAACAACUCACAACCAUCCUCAAAAACUUUAUCCGUCCCAUCCGCUUCUAGCGGGUGUCGGCGACUGAUGUCCAACGGCAAGGAGGUUAUUUGAAUGAGGAUGCUGUCAAUUAUAUGAAGAUUUAAAAAAAAGACUGAACCACUUCGGGGACAUUAAAAACACUUUCAGAUGCACACAGCCACAUUCACAGGAAGUACUCAGUCGUGGGACAAAAGUUAUCUAGCCUAAAUGAGAUGGAAGAAAAGAUGGACGGAAAGUAUGAGCAUUGAGGCAAACUGUUCGAAUUCCGUCAUCUAAAUUAUCAGAAGUUCACAACCCAUGUGGAAAAUACUACUUAAAAGCAUGGCUGAAGUAUUGGAUACACGCAAGAAAAGAAUUGCAUCAAUGAAUCUCCAGCACCAGUGAAAGAAAGCUCCACAGAAAAGGAGAAAAGCUGACCUUCCGCGACGUAGACCCCCAUGAAUGCUGGGCGUAACAAGCGAGAUUUUGUGUGUUGUUGGAGGAGGUGGAUAGCAAGAGAAGAGAGACAGAUAGUCUGAGAGUGAAGCAGCUAAUUGCUUAGUCUGUCCCUCAUUACCAUAUCCAGUGUGUGUCCGCUGGACUUCAGCCAAUCCCUCUCACACAGUACCAUUAAUCGUAAUGCAUUAUUCACUAUCAUAAUUAUAUACCGACAUGCGCAAUCCACGCAACAGCAACACUAGCUAAUUCCCGUAAUUUUUGCAACCAGACUAUUUGUGAUUUUUUUUUUUUCAUUCGGUCGCUGCUCAUGUAUCUGCAAAAAGCAGAAACAUCUCGCAGCGUAUCAGCAGCAUGUCCCGUCGCAAGCAAGCGAAGCCACAGCACCUCAAGUCGGACGAGGAUUCCACAAUAGCCGGGGUGGUAUCCGAAAAUGCCACAGGAGAAGUGCUGGAUGACGCAGACAGUGGGAAUGAGAGCCGCAGUGGGAGUGAGGAGACCCAUGUGUGUGAGAAGUGUUGUGCCGAGUUCUUCAAGUGGUCUGAUUUCUGUGAACACCUGACGAGCUGCAUCAAGAACCCCCUGGUGCUCAUAGUAAACGAAAACGAGACUGAACCCUCCCGGGAGUAUCCUGCAGAGCCAUCGCCCUCGCCAAGCUGUCGUAGUGACCAGGCAGACAGUGAGGACGCUGGAGAGGGCAGCAGCCACAGCCCCGGUGAGGACGAUGAGGGCGCAGAGAUAGCCCUGGAGGGGAGCAGUGCCCUGGACAAGGAGGACGAGCCCAUGGAGCUGUCGCUUGAGAAACCGGUGGACCUCGAAGAGAGUGACACCUCCCCACAGCCAGAUGGUGCUCUACCUCAGCUUUGCGAUCCUGCCCCAUCCUCUGGGAAGAGCUACAGCAUGCCGAGCACCAACGUCACCCUGGAGACGCUACACAGCACCAGCGUGGCAGUGGCUCAGUUCUCCCAGAGUGUCCAUGCCGCGGUGGCCGGUAGCGGGGUCUCCCCAUUGGCCAUCCCCAUGAUCCUGGACCAGCUGAUGGCGCUGCAGCAGCAACAGAUCCACCAACUCCAACUGAUCGAACAGAUCCGCAGUCAGGUGGCGUUGAUGCAAAGGCAGCCCUCCGUCACCCAGCCAACCCAGAACCAUCACCGCCACCACCACAGCACAGUUGCUGGCUCCCAGGGGCCGUCAUCCUCCAGCCUCCCUGCCGUGCCCAGCCAACUCCAGCAGUUACACAACUUCAUCACUCCCCCUGUCCACCAGCUACCCAUCAGGUUGCCCUCACCGCUAAACAGCCUGGGCUCCUCCUCCUCCUCCCUCACCUCUGCUAUAGAUGGGCCCCUCUUCUCCCAUACCCAGCAGAGUAGCAAUCAGCAGUCAAAUGUUUCGAUGCCCAACACCACCUCAGCAAACUCCUCUUUCCCUCCAUCCAGUGGUAAUGUGCUGUCGUCUCUACUGCCUCCCUGCAUGGCUUCAAUCACACACAGCAGCAGCAGCGGAGCUGAAUCCACAGGUGGAGGAGGCAUGAGCAGCAGCAGUACAGCUCUGCCAAGGAAUUCCAGCAGCCCCCUUUCACUAGGCCACAGCAGCCUCCUGAGCACCAGUCCCUCCAAUCUACCACUGAUACCUCACAGUUCAUCUAGCAGUGUCAUCUUCCCAAACCCGCUAGCCAGUAUAGCUGCCACGGCCAAUGCACUUGACCCACUCUCCGCUCUGAUGAGGCACCGCAAGGGAAAGCCCCCCAACGUGUCUGUCUUCGACACCAAGCCCAGCUCAGAGGACCCCUUCUUCAAGCAUAAGUGUAGGUUCUGUGCCAAGGUGUUUGGCAGUGACAGUGCCCUGCAGAUCCACCUGCGCUCUCACACCGGCGAACGGCCCUUCAAGUGCAACAUCUGCGGAAACCGGUUCUCCACCAAGGGAAAUCUGAAGGUCCACUUCCAGAGGCACAAGGAGAAGUACCCGCACGUCCAGAUGAACCCUUAUCCCGUGCCAGAAUACCUGGAUAACGUGCCGACCAGCUCAGGCAUACCAUAUGGUAUGUCCUUCCCCCCAGAGAAGCCGGUGACCACCUGGCUGGACAGCAAACCUGUUCUCCCCACAGUCCCCACCUCAGUCGGGCUCCAGUUCCCCACAACUCUCCCCAGCAUGAUGGGAGGCUACGGUGAUUCCCCGAGCCUCACUCCCCUUAGCAGAUCACCCCAGAGGCCCUCCCCACCCUCCAGUGAGUGUGCCUCUCGGUCACCUAACCUCUUCACUGAAGCAGGCAUGAUCACCACCUCACAGUCUCCACAGCCCAACUUAGGGGGUGACAUGCCUCCCAUUCUUAAACCAGAGGGCAUCCACCUGCCCCCAAACCUACCCACUUCCAGGCCUGGUGAGAACACGACCACCACCACCACCGUUACUCAAGUGGUCCUCGCCACCACGGUCAACGCGACCACAUCCACUAGCAGCUAUACUGAACCCAUCAUUGCCCCCUCCUCGGUUUCCCAUCCAAUCCUUCCCAUGAUCUCUGAUCAGUUCAAGGCCAAGUUUCCGUUCGGCGGCCUCCUGGACUCUAUGCAAACGUCUGAGACCUCAAAGCUGCAGCAGCUGGUGGAGAACAUCGACAAGAAGAUGACCGACCCCAACCAGUGUGUCAUCUGUCACCGUGUGCUCAGCUGCCAGAGCGCCCUCAAGAUGCACUACCGCAUUCACACAGGGGAAAGGCCUUUCAAAUGUAAGGUCUGCGGCCGAGCAUUCACCACUAAGGGCAAUCUGAAAACACACUUUGGGGUCCAUCGUUCCAAGCCCCCUCUCCGGGUCCAACACUCCUGCCCCAUCUGCCAGAAGAAGUUCACGAACGCUGUAGUCCUGCAACAGCACAUCCGCAUGCACAUGGGGGGCCAGAUCCCCAACACCCCCCUGCCUGAGAGUCUUCAGGAGAUGGACACCGACCUCUCCUUUGACGAGAAGAGCUUAGACGCCAUGAGCAACUACGAUGACGAGCUACUGGAUGAGAUGGAGGCAGCUAUGGAGGACGAAGCAGAGCUGAAAGAAGGAGAGAUGAUGAUGGACCCAUCCAAACCUCUCCAUCCAUAUUCAGGAAUGUCCCCUGGUCGCUCCCCACCUACCUCUGUCAUCUCCAGCAUUGCUGCUCUGGAGAACCAGAUGAAGAUGAUCGACUCCUCUGUCAAUAUGAGUCGCUCGUUCGGGCUGAAGCCCAUGCAGAAUGGUGGCGGGUUUGGAGGGGAGAAUGACUUCUUCAACAAUGACUCGCUGUAUGCCUCGGGGGACCUGGAAGGCCAGAGUGUUGGAAGCCCGGCACUAUCUGAGUCCUCAGGCUCCAUGCAGCCACUCUCCCCUGCUCACAGUCACCCUGAGAGUCAUCGAUCCAAGUCCCCAGCCACACUCAACCAUAGCAGCAGCACUGCAGCAGAGGGGCAGGAGAACAACGGGAUGGCUACAGUGAAGUCUGAGAAGUCAGACACCCCAUCCCCGGCACCUGUGUCUGAAGGUAAUGUGGCAUUGGACCUGACUGCUAGUCUAACCCAGCCUAGCAGGCACUUCAUCAAGGAGGAGAACCACUUCAACAUGAUGUUCCUGGGCAGAGAUAGAGGUCUGAGCAACUCUAGCUUGCUAAACACAGCAUCCAACAUGAUCAAAAUGGAGAUGAAUGGGCACAGGCACAGAAAGCCCAUGUCCCUGAAUGACGGUCCUUACAUGCCUGUGGGCAUCCAAGUGCCCGCUUCUGCACCCCAGACCAACAUGAGCCCCAGUAUCACCCCCAUGCUGGCACCGCCAACUCCCCGUCGCACCCCCAAGCAGCACAACUGCCACAACUGUGGGAAGAACUUCUCCUCGGCUAGUGCCCUGCAGAUCCAUGAGCGCACACACACAGGAGAGAAACCAUUCGGCUGCUCGAUCUGUGGAAGAGCCUUCACCACUAAAGGCAACCUGAAGGUGCACAUGGGCACCCACAUGUGGAACAAUGCGCCAGCCCGUCGUGGACGCCGUCUCUCCGUGGAAAACCCCAUGGCCUUGCUGGGCGGGGACGCCAUGAAGUUUAGCGAGAUGUUUCAGAAGGACUUGGCGGCGAGGGCCAUGAACGUAGACCCUGGCUUCUGGAACCAGUAUGCUGCCGCCAUCACCAACGGCCUGGCCAUGAAGAACAACGAGAUCUCCGUCAUCCAGAAUGGAGGCCUCCCCCAGUUGCCCGUCAGCCUGGGUGGAGGAGGUAUGACCUCGCUAAGGGCCAUGUCUGGAGGUAUGGACCAUAUGGACCGGGUGAAUGCCAGUAGCAGCCCUCCCAUGACUGGGCUGGAUAAGACAGUUCUGGAGGUUGGGGCUAGACGCCCCUUCGCUCGAUUUAUGGAGGAAAAUAAAGAGAUUGGGAUCAAUUAAUGUCUUUAUUAUUAGUAAGGAAACAACUGAGGAAAGACAAGAGUCUUACGAAAAGGAAAGAAACUGCUAAUCCAGUUUGAACUCUUAUGUACUAUAUUAUGUACAGAAAACUUUUUUUUUUGGUUUGGUUUUUGGAAAUAUAAUAUUUAGUAUUCGUUAGAGGUCUUUGACUUUCGCCCUUUCACCCCUCCUCAUUGAUAUUUCGCUCAUACGAAGAAUACUUUGUCUCUUGUUUGAGAAUAUGCCGUCUUGCAAGAUUUGCAUGGUACUUAUUGGUUUCUAUCAGUAUGUUUGACUGCUUUUAAGGAUUAUUUUUUGAAAAGUAAUAUCUUGACUCAAUUGUGAUGGGAAAGCCUCUUAUUGUGGAAGGACUAAAAUGAAGCUGAGCGAACUCUUAAAUGUGCAUAGACUGACUAGCUGCUGUUUGGCUGAUGUUUAUGUUUGCUCUUAGAUAAAGAGCAAUGGACUGAAGUAAAUUGGAAUUAUGGUGUUACUGUGCUCGCCUACAAUUUUUUUCUCAUGAAGUAGAACACUUGAAAAAACGUUUCAACUAUUUUAAUCUUUACAUUAAGUCUCCCAGCAUUGUCUUAUAAUAUUGUCCUGUGUCUUUAGUAUUUAUGAUAUUGACAACAAAAAAAAGCGGGUAUACGAAAAUAUAUUUAAUGACCCCAGCAUUUUAUUGAUCCUUUUUUUUCUAAACUGCAGACUUCACUUAUAAAUAUCUCUUUCAAUAAAGACAACACGUCAUUUCAGUUGUACGACAGAGACACAUUGUGAAGGUUUUAUUUGGAUAUCUAGCCAAGACUAUGUGUAACAUGUCUGGUGCACAGUGAAGAAGUUGAGAUAUCUGAAGCUGCUAUUAUCACAAACCUGAUUUUAACCUUUUUUUUUUCUUUUUUUUUAAAGAUGGGGGAAAAUGUCAUUUUAAAGAAAUACAUAUGUAUAGAAAUACAGACAACUCUAAAACAGGUAUGCAUAUUUUGUAUCACAUGAAAAUAGACAUCCUUUGAGAGUAUUUGUCAUGUUUGUGAAUGCACUUUUUAAACAAGACGUUUUGUCCGUGACUUAUCGUUAACCUUUGACUGAGCUGUCUAUCACGUGUAGUUUUGAUUGUUUUCAGCGUACCACUCCUACUAUUUGCAGAGUUGGCCCUCUGGUACGGUAUCUUAUGCUACUCAUCAGAGUACAACCUCAUCCACUCAAUCAAAUCCUUCUCCAAUAAAAAAAAAAGAGAGAACAGGUCACUUGUGUUUGACUGGUCUCCUUCUCUA